AUGUCAAAGAUGAAAAAAAAACUGGAUGUUUCUGUAACUCGAGAAAGAAAGCCACCCAAUCGAAGGAUAAAAUUUUGUCCUCUAUCCCCGUGCAAGAGGGAGAAGAAACCGAUAUUUCAACUCCACAAAUAUUUGCAGACUGGUAUACACAAACUAAAACCAGGAACACCUGCUUAUUUAAAUGCGCUAUCGCACGCUCCACGAGCUUCGUUCAAAAAAGUAGAAUCCCACUUAAAACGCAGGAAAAACGGCAGGCAGGAGAAACAGUACAGCGAAAGUGACGAAGAGGCUAAUUGGCAAGAUGAAGAUAACAACACACACGAGGAGGUGGGGUCUAAACGAUGCAGCCCAGGGAAAAGUGACGAAUUCGAGGAUGAAGAUUAUGAGGAACUAGCCACAAAGGCUGAUGAAAAAUUAAAGAAAGCAGCCUGGAAGAUUAAGCAUCGACAGGAUAGAGCAGCAGAGAGUAAAAGGAGACACAAGCCCAAACGCAGAAGAUCGCAAGAAACCAUUUCAGAGACAAGCAACUGUGGAAGCAGAAAACUGCAAGAAACCAUUUCAGAGGCAAGCAACAGUGCAAGCGAAGUUAACGAGGGCGAUGGUGCAUACCCUGAAGACAAUGAAACAGUCGAGGAUAUUAUUCCGUGCAGCCCAAAUAUAGACAGUGCCAGGGUAACUAAAGAAGAUUAUGAAACACUUGCAAGAGGAGCACUAAACAAGAUGAAGAAAACAUCCAACAAGAGGAAGCAUCGAGGGGAAGACAGAAGAGAAGAUAAUGCGAUGAAAACCAUUACAGACAGUGAUGAAGAAUACGAUAAUCUCACAAGAAGAUUAUGGAAUAAUAGUCAUGAAGAAAAGAAGAGUGAAAGGAGCGACGAGGAAAGAAAGAAUCUAGGUUCAAAAGAGAUCAGCGACGGAGGACUUGACGGUGCUAACGGGGAGAACGUAGUCAGUGGUAAUCAGACAGAAUGUUUUGAAAUUUCCGACAGCGACGAGUCUGGCUCGGAUCCUGACUACGAAUGCGAAGAAGAGAUUAAUUCAAGUGACUCCAGUCAAUCGGACAUAUCCCUCGACUCCUCUUCUCUUCCUGUUGAAUGCGAGGAACUAUUGACCGAAUUUGUCGAGAUUGUCGGGGAAAGUAAUGUUGACGAAGGAUCACUUUUGGAUAAAGAAUUAGAUUGGCUCCAAGAAGUGACGGAGUUUAAAGAAAACAAGUUAUCGCAUGGUCACGUUUUUAAAACACCUGUCGAGUCAACGCAGGAACUGGUACGAUUGGCGGAAGAGUACGAUAAAUACGUACAGGAGGAACUGUGUUGUGUGAUUGGAGGAGAUCAAAGCGAUAAUGAUGAUGCGCUCGACACAGAUUGGAACCCAAGCGAUUGUGACAUUGAGGAAGGAGCAGACGUAGAGACAGAGAACAACGAUGUCAAUGAUGAGCUUACUGGACAACUGCUGACGGAGUUUUAUGAAUGGUUAAUUGACGUGGAUGGAGGGUACAGAUCAGAAAAAAUGGCGCAGCAGUACAAAUCCCAGGUACGGAGUGUCGUUCGCCGUCUAAAACAGGAGGAAACGGCAGCCAAAGAAGCCCAAAACUCAAAACCUUCAGUGUACCUGCUAGUGCGUCCGGAAAAAGAAGGGGUAAAUCUCUUGAAAAAGUGGCUGUCAUAUGCUGUGGAAAAGUAUCAGCCGGGAACUGUGAGAUCUUAUCUCAUGAGUUUGCGUCUGUUCUAUAAAUUCUUAACGCAAGAAAGAAAAUCUGAGAUGUCUGAUGUGAGUGUGGAUACCUUAAAUGCACGCCGGGAUCUCAUGACUUCAUGGUCAGCGGCCCAAAAGAAAAAGGUUUUAAAGAGGAAACUCCAAAAAUACGACGAGGAUUUCAACAAGCUCAUUUCAAGUGAACAGUUUUACAAGGUCUGCCAUGGUGAACAACGCAUAAAUGCCAUUAAAAAGCUGGCCACUUCUUCACAAGAAACGAAUAAAGGCACUGAUAUUCGAAGAAUUGUCAACGACAAGACCCACUGUGAGGUGCGAGACUGGCUUAUAACUCGUCUACUGAUCGAUAAUAGUGGAAGAAGCGGUGUUGCUUCAGGCAUGAAAGUCAGCGAGUUUAAGGCUGCGGUGUUUUACCCGGGCACAGACGAAGACCUUGCUCGUUACAGAAUCCUUGUAAGUGAUCACAAAACCGCCGGUGUCUACGGCGCUGCAGUUGUUUGGGUGUACGAUGACCUCUACAACCUGAUGGACAUGUACCUUAGAACUGUACGAAGCCAAUUCGCUGCGACAGCUGCCACGGAGGUUGAGCAGUUUUUAUUUCAAGUUAUGGGAUGUCACUGA